AUGGCUGCCUCAAAGGGAUUCAUGUAUCAUUUAUCCAUGGCCGCCUGCGAAUGGUUCUUAAUGUUUCUAAUGCUUCUCGAUGCUGCAUUGGCUUAUCUCCUCACCAAAUUCGCACACCACUGUGAAUUACAAUCCCCUUGUAUGUUUUGCUUGAGGCUUGAUCACUUUUUCGGUAACGAAAAGCGCGGAUCCUAUUUGAGUUUGUUCUGCCAUCAACAUCGAGCCGAGGUUUCGUCUUUGAUAUCUUGUGACCUCCAUGAUAAGCUUGCAGAUGCAAGAGAAAUGUGUGAUGAUUGUUUCAUGUCGAUAAUGAAUUGUAAAAUUGGGGCAAAAGGGUACCAGAAAUCGUAUUUGAAUAAGAAUUUUGUUCGUUCGCCUUCGAGUUCUGGCUUGUGUUCAUGUUGUGAAACAUAUUGGAAACCGAAGCCGAUUGGUAGAAGAUUGCAAUCAGGUUCAGUUCGAUUGGGACCUGUGAGAGUAACCAUGAAACCUCCGUUGCCACGGGUUACAGGCCGUGGUCGGUUUCGCCGCCGGAAUCAUUUCAAGAGGGUGCGGGAUAAGAUUUCGGGAAAUUCAACCCCUUGCCAUGUUGAGAAUAAUAUCAGCGGGAAUAUGGAUAUGGACACGUUAUCUGAUUCUGGCUGUGUUAGGUUCAAUUCGGAUUCCGAGUGUGAAAUCCCAGUUUCUAAACAUGUUCUGAUAAUGUCCGAGGAUAGCUUCUAUUCGGAUUCCGAUUCUGAAUUUGAUAUCCCAGUAUCUAAAAAUGUUCCGAAAGCUGUUGUUGUUCACAGAAAAAGGGGUUCCAAAGAUCAGACUCGAGCUAUACAUGGCACUAGUGGUCAGAAACAAGAUCGGACUCGAGCAAAACGUUCCCAUGGUGUCUCUGAUCGUGAGACUUCAAUUCUAGACGGGCAUCAUAGUGAAAGUACGCCAAUUCCUGCAUCUUUGGCAUCCAAAGAUCCAAUUGGGCAUGGACCGAAAGAAUUUAACCAUGCAGAACUCCAUUCUAGGGACGUUUCUGUACCAUCAGUGCCACAAGAACGGUGUUCAACAUCAAAGGGUUCUAUUCAAGAUUCAAUCGGGCACGUAGAACUCCAUUCUAGAGACGUUUCUGCACCAUCUGUGCAAGAAAGGUCAUCAACAUCAAAGGGUUCUAUUCAAGAUUCAAUUGGGCACGUAGAACUCCAUUCUAGAGACGUUUCUGCACCAUCAGUGCCACAAGAAAGGUCAUUAAUAUCAAGGGUUUCUAAUGAAGAUGCAAUUGGGCACCUAGAACUCCAUUUUAGGGACGAUUCUGGACCAUCAGUGCCACAAGAUUCGGGCAGCACUCUUGAUCAGAGAAAGUUAUCUGCCGAUGAUGUUCUAAACGGAAAUAGUCUUCCAGAAGUCAGCAAGAAUGAAAGAUCAUCACCAUCAAGGGGUUCUAAUCAAGAUUUGCCUUCAUCAACCGACAUCAAAAGGGAUUUAUCGAAAYCUGAUGGGGUUAAUAAUGAUCACAAGGCAUCCAGUUCUUCAGAUAAAAGCGAUGGUUAUGAAUCUCCUGCAGCUAGUGUGAGUGACAUCGAGGGUGAAAGUGUGGUGGACAAGCUAAAACGACAGGUGGAGCAUGAUCGUGAACGGUUGCAUUUGUUACAUAUGGAACUAGAGGAAGAGAGAAGCGCUGCUGCAGUAGCUGCAGACGAGGCAAUGGCCAUGAUCACGAGGCUGCAGGAAGAGAAAGCGGCUCUCCAUAUGGAAGCCUUGCAGUACUUGAGAAUGAUGGACGAGCAGGCGGAGUACGAUAUGGAAGCUCUAGAUAAGGCUAACGAUCUCGUUGCUGAGAAAGAUAAAGAAAUCCAAGAUUUGGAAGCUGAGUUGGAAUAUUUUAGAAGCCGCUACGAUGAAGAAUUGUUUAUGGGGAAUCCGAUGGUUGAAACUGAAAAUUUCCAAAAAAAUCAUCUGGGAAAUGGGAAAACAGAUGCCAAAAUUUCUACUUUCGACUCGAAAUCUAGAAAAGCUCCGGUUUUAGACCUUCAGGACGAAAAAAGAUACAUUUUACAGUGUUUAUCGGAGCUGGAAACGAAGUUUAACCAAGUUUCUAGUGAUCAACACACAUCCAUUGGGAAAUCUAAUGGUAAUAUACAUACUGAAAUAGAGAAUCUUGAAGAUCUUCAAGCUGAUAACGGAACUCAAUCGAAACAUAAAGAUUCAUCGACAUCAAAUGGAUCCAAGAAAGUUGAUGUGGGUAUCCUUGAGAAUGAAAUUGCAGAUCUUAAUGAGCGAUUGGAAGCACUUGAGGCUGAUCGGGAUUUCCUUGAGCAUGCUUGUAACACGCUCCAGGCUAACGGGGGUAUAGAAUUUAUUCAAGAAAUAGCGCAUCACCUUCAAGAUUUGCGGAGGAUUAGGUUUGAUAGAAGAUGCCAAUUGGUCGCUUGAAGCUGCAUUCUUCAACAAAAUUAAGAUGCAUUCUCGAAAGGCCAACUGUAUCCAUGAUCGACACAAAAGAGGUCGAGAUCGAUACCAUAUUCUUGCUUAUGAAUCUUGAUGCAAUCGAUGAUCUCGUUUAAAAAAAAAAGAUCGUUAAAGUGACGAUGUGUUCCRUUGCAGCUGGUUAGAUGACAAAAAAGUUGGUUUUAGUUUGUAUAUUGAUUUCAAUGUAUGUCCACAUUUUUGUUUCUAAUGAGUUCUUCUCUCCAUAUUCUAGUCGUCUCAGGCUUCUUUGUCAUAAGAGAAAUGAUAUAUUUGUGUGUAUGAUUUUAUAUGUACACCAAUUCUUUCUUUUUAAUGAAAAUCUGAAGUCUU